ACAUGUCCCAAAAUGCAAAUGUAAUCAGACGGUCCCACUGUGGGCUGUGAAGUGUCCGUAGAGCUGUGAGAGGUCAGCAAAAGGCCGUUGGAUCGCAAACCCCAGCCAGCCGUGCUCCAAAGCCUCCAUUGGGUUAUUUGUGCCAGCAAGUCCUCCUUUGGACCCUGAGAAGGUCAAAGAGUUACAGCGUUUCAUCACCCUUUCCAAGAGACUCCUUGUGAUGACUGGGGCAGGAAUCUCCACCGAAUCGGGGAUACCAGACUACAGGUCAGAAAAAGUGGGGCUUUAUGCCCGCACUGACCGCAGGCCCAUCCAGCAUGGCGAUUUUGUCCGGAGUGCCCCAAUCCGCCAGCGGUACUGGGCAAGAAACUUCGUAGGCUGGCCUCAAUUCUCCUCCCACCAGCCUAACCCUGCACACUGGGCUUUGAGCACCUGGGAGAAACUCGGAAAGCUGUACUGGUUGGUGACGCAAAAUGUGGAUGCCUUGCACACCAAGGCGGGCAGUCGGCGCCUGACAGAGCUUCACGGAUGCAUGCACAGGGUCCUGUGCUUGGAUUGUGGGGAACAGACUCCCCGGGGGGUGCUGCAAGAGCGUUUCCAAGUCCUGAACCCCACCUGGAGUGCUGAGGCCCAUGGCCUGGCUCCUGAUGGUGACGUCUUUCUCUCAGAGGAGCAAGUCCGGAGCUUUCAGGUCCCAACCUGCGUUCAAUGUGGAGGCCGUCUGAAACCAGAUGUCAUUUUCUUCGGGGACACAGUGAACCCUGACAAGGUUGAUUUUGUGCACAAGCGUGUAAAAGAAGCCGACUCCCUCUUGGUGGUGGGAUCAUCCUUGCAGGUAUACUCCGGUUACAGGUUUAUCCUCACUGCCUGGGAGAAGAAGCUCCCGAUUGCAAUACUGAACAUUGGGCCCACACGGUCAGAUGACUUGGCAUGUCUGAAACUGAAUUCUCGUUGUGGAGAGUUGCUGCCUUUGAUAGACCCACGCUGACCACAGCCUGAUAUUCCAGAACCUGGAACAGAGACUUUCACUUGAAUCUUGCUGCUAAAGGUAAAUGCCUUCUCAGAUGACAGAUUCCAGUUCCCAUUCGACAGAGUAGGGUGUACUGACAAAGUAUAGAAGGUUCUAGGUAACUUAAUGUGUGGAUAUUCUUAAUUAAAACUCAUUUUUUAAAAUAAAAAAUUGUUCAGCUUUAUAUGAAAUGCUUCAUGAAUUUGUGUGUCAUCCUUGCACAGGGGUCAUGCUAACCUCUGUAUCAUUCCAAUUUUAGUAUAUGUGCUGCUGAAGAGGGCACUAAAACAAUUUUUUUUUUUUUUUUUUGAGACAGGAUCUGGCUCUGUAACCCAGGCUGAAGUGCAAUGGCCUGACCUCAGCUCACUGCAACUUCUGCCUCCCAGGUUCAAGCCAUCCUCUUACCUCUGCCUCCCAAGUAGCUAGGACUAGAGGUGUGCACCACCAUACCCAACUAAUUGUAUUUUUUGUAGAGACAGGGUCUCACUUUGUCACCCAGGCUGGUCUCGAAGUCCUGAGCUCAAGCCAUCCACUCGCCUCAGCCUCCCAAAGUGCUGACUUUACAGGCAUGAACUACCACACCUGGCCAAAACUUUUUUUUUUUUUGAGAUAGUCUCACUCUGUUGCCCAGGCUGGAGUGCAGUGGUGUGAUCUUGGCUCACUGCAUCCUCUGCUUCCUGGAUUCAAGUGAUUCUCCUGCCUCAGCCUCCCAAGUAGCUGAGAUUACAGGCACGUACCACCACACCUGGCUAAUGUUUUAUAGCUUUGGUAGAGACGAGGUUUCACCAUAUUGGCCAAGCUGGUCUCAAACUCCUGACCUCAAGUGAUCUGCCUGCCUUGGCCUCCCAAAGUGCUGGGAUUACAGGCGUGAACCACCGUGCCCGGGCGUUUUUUUUGUUUGUUUGUUUUGUUUUGUUUUUGAGAUGGAGUCUUGCUCUGUAGCCCAGGCUGGAGUGCAGUGGCAUGAUCUUGGCUCACUGCAACCUCUGCCUCCUGGGUUCAAGCGAUUCUCCUGGCUCAGCCUCCCGAGUAGCUGGGACUACAGGUGCCCACCAGCAUGCCCGGCUAAUUUUUGUAUUUUCAAUUCACCAUGUUGGCCAGGCUGGUCUUGAACUCCUGGCCUCAAGUGAUCCACCUGCCUCAGCCUCCAAAAGUGCUGGGAUUACAGGCAUGACACCAAGCCCGGCCCCAAAGCUAAUUUUUAAAUGUACAUUAAGCUGU